AUGCGGAAAUCUCUGUGCAGAUCAUCUUCAAUAUUUGUCCUGUUCAAAUACAAGCUACUCAACCAGUCCAGUGGUGCAGGUAAGCUACUUAACCAGUCCAGUGGUGCAGGUAAGCUACUUAACCAGUCCAGUGGUGCAGGUAAGCUACUUAACCAGUCCAGUGGUGCAGGUAAGCUACUCAACCAGUCCAGUGGUGCAGGUAAGCUACUCAACCAGUCCAGUGGUGCAGGUAAGCUACUCAACCAGUCCAGUGGUGCAGGUAAGCUACUCAACCAGUCCAGUGGUGCAGGUAAGCUACUCAACCAGUCCAGUGGUGCAGGUAAGCUACUCAACCAGUCCAGUGGUGCAGGUAAGCUACUUAACCAGUCCAGUGGUGCAGGUAAGCUACUCAACCAGUCCAGUGGUGCAGGUAAUCUACUCAACCAGUCCAGUGGUGCAGGUAAGCUACUCAACCAGUCCAGUGGUGCAGGUAAGCUACUCAACCAGUCCAGUGGUGCAGGUAAGCUACUCAACCAGUCCAGUGGUGCAGGUAAGCUACUCAACCAGUCCAGUGGUGCAGGUAAGCUACUCAACCAGUCCAGUGGUGCAGGUAAGCUACUCAACCAGUCCAGUGGUGCAGGUAAGCUACUCAACCAGUCCAGUGGUGCAGGUAAGCUACUCAACCAGUCCAGUGGUGCAGGUAAGCUACUCAACCAGUCCAGUGGUGCAGGUAAGCUACUCAACCAGUCCAGUGGUGCAGGUAAGCUACUCAACCAGUCCAGUGGUGCAGGUAAGCUACUCAACCAGUCCAGUGGUGCAGGUAAGCUACUUAACCAGUCCAGUGGUGCAGGUAAGCUACUCAACCAGUCCAGUGGUGCAGGUAAGCUACUUAACCAGUCCAGUGGUGCAGGUAAGCUACUUAACCAGUCCAGUGGUGCAGGUAAGAAGAAAAAGGAAGAACAAAAUCUGAAAAGGUUUCACUGUGUUGUUCUAGAGGAUUUAAAUAGAGUAAGCUACAAUAAUAUAACAGCAGACAGAAAAUACAAAAAAAAAAAAAAAAAAAAGAUCUAG